AUGGAAGCCCUAGUUGAGUUUAAUUAUGUCGCACAGGAACCCGAUGAACUGACAAUAAGAAAAGGAGAUAUUAUUAAAGAUGUCAAAAUAAUGUCUGAAGGCUGGUGGGAAGGCACACUCAGAGAUAAGCGCGGAAUGUUUCCUGAUAACUUUGUCAAGGUGUUGGAGCCAAGCGGUGGAGUGAAAAGUGAAGUUAGUGUUGAGGUUAAGAAAGAAUUAGUGACACUCCGAAACGGUUCUUGUGGAAAUAGUAAUAAUAGUAAUAAUAAUAAUAAUAGUAGUAGUAAUAAUAAUAGUGGGAAUAGUUCAACUAGUAAGUGGUGCAAAGUGCUGUUUAGUUAUGACCCGUGCAAUGAAGAUGAACUAGCCUUGGCUCCAAAUGACAUGGUCGAAUAUUUGGGACAGGUUGAAGAGGGCUGGUGGACUGGGCGGCUCAGAGGACGGGUCGGAGUCUUUCCUUCUAAUUUUGUCUCUGCUCCGGCUCCGGCUGAGGACACCAAGGAGAUGUGUCUGGUGCUCUUUUCUUAUAAAGCUGCUAAUGAGGAUGAACUGACACUUGCUGAAGGCGAAAUUGUUACUUUGAUCUCCAGGGAUGCGCCUGAUAAGGGAUGGUGGAAAGGUGAAUUGCGUGGAAAAAUAGGUUUAUUCCCCGACAAUUUCGUAAAAGUAAUCCAAGGAAAAAAAUCACCCCACCAAGAAGAAGUCAACAAAGUAAGACCAUUGGAACUGAACCGCGGAUUGAAGAGUACCAACACCAGCACCAGCACUAGCACCAGCACCAGCACCAGCACUAGUAGCAGCUCAAAGCUGUGGAAUACUGGAAAGAAGGGAGAGAAAGCUUACGCCAGGAAGAGCCUGGACACCCGGACGGCGAACGCCGACCGGAAAAGUGUCAGUCCCAUAUCUCCAGUGCUAGGAUCUUCUUCGAGUUCUUCCUCGACUUUGCCGGAGAAGAAAGUCGCUUCCUCGCCAAUCUCUCCGGGGAUCAAGCGGCUUAUCAAGUGUGAGGAUGUCAGUCCUUCUCAGGUCGACUCUGGGGAUCAUAAUGAGGGGAUUGAUGAGGAACUUGAUGGGGUUGAGAGGGAAGAAGAUACUCCAUUGCUUCAUCUUACUGCGUCGAGAGUUAAAGCUCCUAGGAGGCGAUUGCCUUCUAGUCAUCAUCGUCAGACUAGCACUGAAAAUUCUAUCACAAACGGAGCAAUUGACACAGUAGACCAAUCCAGAAACGACGACUCUGAAACAGGAUCCGGAAAAAAUCGCCAACCCGUCCCACCAUGGAUAGAGGAACUAAAAUUCAACCAGAAAAAAAUCCUAUCAACAGACAAGCCGGACAAAGCCGAAGUAAAAAAAGAAAUGAACCACUCACACGAGAACCACUCACCGGUCCAAAAUCCCGAAGCCCCGGAACAGUUCUCAGAACCGGGGUUCCAGGAACUUCAGCGCCUCCAGAACAAAGACAGCAGUUCCGGGUACCAACGCAGCAAUUCUCACCUCGCUGGUCCAGUUUCUCCAACCUCUGGAACUCCAGCUUACGUUCCUUACCGCCUUUACAGCCAGUUACUUGAACGGGUUGCCACACUCGAAGAAAGACAAACAGUAUUACAACGAAUGGUGGUUCAAUUGUCCGAGCAAGUGGGCCCUCUGUUGACAAAUUCAUCUGGCAAUAAAUCUUAAUUAUAAUUAUAAUAAUAAUAAAUCUUCAUUUAAUUAUUAUUAUUAUUUUUAGAAGAAAAUAGGUAGCAUUUGAUAAGUAUUUAAAUAAUAUAACAUUCUACUGUAUUCGCGCCGAGAAAUUACAACUAGCGCCAGGCGGCGGUUCCGAGAACUUCACUAAUAAGGAACUCCGUAUAAUUAUAUAUCGGAGCGGAUAUUUGAAUAUUUUACCAAUAAUUAUAAUUUUUUUUUAUCAAUUUAUUAUUAUCCCCAGACUGUCGAUACGUGAAACAUAUUAAAAUCGAAUUUUAUUACGAUAUAUUUAUUAGUGGAUUUAAUAUUGAUAUAAUUAUACAUAAAUCAUUUGUCGGUUAGUUGAGAUUAAUUUUGUUGGUUAUGUACAACGAGUUGGCAACUAUUUUAUUCAAUUUAUUUUAGGAUUUUUUGAAAGUGUCUUGAAGAUUUUUAUUUUAAAUUUUUUACUCCGUCCAA